UACGAGUCCGACAUAGUUUUCAGCUGUGUGCCCUUAGAACUCAAUGAGGGUUGAAACCUAUAAAUUGGAAUUGCAUUCUCGUCUCCCAGCGAACGAAUACAACACAGAAACCCAUUUGUUUAGCCGAUACGCUCUCUGAUUCAUAAGCUUUUCGCCAGGAGGCGGCGUUUCUCGUCUCGUCGCUGUUACUCGAGGCGGAGCUGAAUCCGACUAACCGAUUUCAGGGGGAAGGCGGCGGUGGCGGUGGCGGCGGCGUAUCGUUACUCCUUUACCAGACCUCUGAACCUCAUCGCGUUUUGAGAACUUCCCCCUUUCAAUCGGCGGACUUCCAAUAUAAUCCGGAUUUCCAUCUCUAUUCUCAACUUUCUCGGAUUCUCAAUCCCUCUUUAUUUUUCACCUGUGCUAUUGCCUGUAAUUUGAAUGGGUAGACCCAAGGGAGACGGUGCUAGAAGCAAGGCUAGACCUUCAAGCAGCAGUUUGGCAGCGUCACUUCUGCCAUCGGAUUCCGCCGCUAACGCUGCUGGAUUCGGCGGUUUUCUUGGUAGUUACCGGCUCGAUUCUACUCUCACUGGGGAUGAUGCAGCAUCUUUUUCGGAUAUUGAUGGUGAAGUUGCACAGCACUUGAAGAGGCUUUCAAGGAAAGACCCAACCACCAAGCUCAAAGCAUUGGCCUCUUUGUCCGAGUUUCUUAAGCAGAAGUCUGGGAAAGACGUUGCGUCAAUUAUUCCACAAUGGGUAUUUGAAUACAAGAAACUGUUGAUGGACUAUAAUAGAGAUGUACGACUUGCUACACAUGAGACAAUGACCAAUCUCGUCAUUGCUGCUGGGAGAGAGAUAGCUCCGCAUCUGAAAUCUCUGAUGGGGCCAUGGUGGUUUUCUCAGUUUGAUUCAGUUUCUGAAGUCUCUCAAAGUGCAAUGCAAUCAUUGCAGGCAGCAUUUCCUGCUCAGGAAAAGAGAGUAGAUGCUUUAAUUUUAUGUACAACUGAGAUAUUUAUAUACCUGGAGGAAAACUUGAAGCUCACACCAGACACUUUGUCAGAUAAAGUAGUUGCUAAGGAUGAAUUGGAAGAGAUGCACCAGCAGGUUAUCUCUUCAUCACUGCUUGCUCUAGCCACAUUAAUUGAUGUCUUAGUGAGUGUUCGGACUGAAAGAUCAGGGACUGGGAAAGGCAGUGGUGAAACAAAGCAUGCUUCCAAGUCUAGGGAAACUGCUAUUUCAUUUGCUGAAAAGUUGUUCACCGAGCAUAAAUACUUUGUACACCUGUUGCAGUCCAAAAGUACCAUUGUCCGAUCUGCUACCUUUUCAGUCUUAAAGAGCCUUGUGAAAAACAUUCCUCAUGCUUUUAAGGAACAGAGCAUGAAAACUAUUUCCGGUUCUAUCCUUGGUGCUUUUCAGGAGAAAGACCCUUCUUGCCAUUCAUCAAUGUGGGAUGCAGUAUUACUUUUUUCUAAAAGGCUGCCCAACUGUUGGACAUAUGUGAAUGUCCAGAAAACUGUACUGAAUAGAUUUUGGAAUUUUCUUAGAAAUGGGUGCUUUGGAUCCCAACUGAUUUCCUACCCAGCUUUGAUUUUAUUUUUGGACACAGUUCCACCUAGUGCUGUGGGAGAGCAGAAAUUUCUCCUCAACUUUUUCGAGAAUUUAUGGGUUGGAAGGAACCCAUUCCAUUCGUCAAAUGCAGAAAGGCUUGCNCCUUUGAAUAACAAGAGGACCGCAGAAACACCAAGUACAAAGUAUCCGAUGAGCUACUUACAAGAUUUGAGAAAAUGCAUUGUUGAAAUUCUAUCCGGCAUCUACCUAGUGGAACAUGAUCUACUUUCUGUUUUUGCUACGGAAUUUCAGAAGAAUUGUAUUAGUAUGUUCCAGUUGACAGAUAAUACAGAAGUAGCCUCGGGAACCAUAGAACAGAUUAUAGGAUUUAUAUUAGAAUUGGAGCAACUUUCUAUGGACAAGGAUGAUAUCUGGCCCUUGGCUCUCUUGGUAGGACCAACACUGGCAAAUGCUUUCCCGAUUAUAAGAUCGCAUGAAUCUUCAGAUGGUGUGAGGCUUCUAUCUGCUGCUAUUUCUGUUUUUGGGCCUCGCAAGAUUGUUCGAGAACUAUUUAUUUGUAAUAAUGGAAUGUCCUCUACUCAUUUGUCUGGUGUUGAGGCCCAAGAUGUGGAGGCAAGACAAUUCAUGCAAAUAUUUAAUGAAGUUUUUGUUCCUUGGUGUUUGCAAGGGAAUAAUAGCUCUGCUGGUGCUCGAUUAGAUCUCUUGCUUGCACUAAUUGAUGAUGAACGUUUCUCCCAUCAAUGGAAUUCUGUUAUCAGUUACUCAUUUAAUCUAGAUCAUACUGGAGUUGUGCUUGAGUCCAUUAACUCAGAAAGUUUAGCCAUGUUGGCAAAGCUUUUAGACAGAGCAAGAGGAAAAAUUACGAAUAGUGACGCAAGAAAUGUCACCAAUACUUGGCAGAAGGCUAACCUUGGGAACUGGCAUCAUGAGCAUUUGGAAUCUGCUGCUGUUGCUAUAGCGCAAUCCCAGGCUCCCUUUAGAAGUUCAUUUACAGAGUUUUUAUGUUCUGUUUUGGGUGGUUCAGUACAGAGUGAUUGCUCUUCUUUUGUGUCAAGAGAUACAUUGAUUGCUAUAUUCGAGGCGGUAUUUCAGAAAUUAGUUAGUUUCUUAUUGCACUCUCCUUUAAGUUGGGCAAGAAAUUCUUGUUCUUCAUUGAUACCUAAGCCAGGAAAUUCUUUCCCCAAUUCCAUAAGUUCUUCAGAUGUUGUUGCGAUGGCACAUUUUUCUCUAGAAGUACUUGACCGCUGCGUCUUUUGCUUAUACAACCUAGGGGAAGAAAAUUAUCUACUUCCUAGUAUUUUAGCUACUAUAUAUGCUAUUGACUGGGAUUGUAGUAUAGAAGAAAGACAAGAUGAUAUGCUUGAUGACAAAUUUAAGGAAGAAAGGAGAGAAAGGUUGCUUUUUGGUGGACGUGUGCGUGUCCUACGCCAAAAGAUUUAUCAGUUUUGGAAGAACUGUAAAACACACAACAGAAAAAAAUAUGGAAGUAUCCUGAUUCAGUUUAUUAGGUCUGCCAUCUUCAGUGACGAUACUGAAGAAAUUGUGUCUUUGUGCUGCCAAUGGAUGCUUGAAAUUAAGGAUCAAAUCUCUCAGGAUCACUUAGAGGAACAGUAUAUGUUAGACCAGCUUUUGAUCAAGGGUGAUACAUGGCCUUUCUGGAUUGCUCCCAACCUCAUGGCUCCAAAUGAAUUGGCCGCUUCAAAUACGAAAAACAUUGGCUUUGAUAUUCACAAAUCUGGAAAUCACAAGCUUAUUUCUUUAGCAAGCAUGCUUAUGUCAAAGAUUGGACUUGAGAAAUUUUUUUCUGGCCAAGUUGAAAAUUCUUCACCUUGCCUUGGUGAGGCGACAAAUAAUGAGGUUACUUGCCGUGCUUGGCUGGUUGCUGAAAUAUUAUGCACAUGGAAGUGGCCAGGAGGUAAUGCUAGAGGCUCUUUCCUUCCUUUAUUUUGUGCUUAUGUCAAAAGGAGCUGUUCACAUGAAAGCUUGUUGGAUUCCACCUUCAACAUAUUGUUGGAUGGGGCUCUUCUCUGCGGUAGCAGGGCUGCUCAAAGCAUCGUCAAUAUUUCGCCUUAUCCAGAUACCUUACUAGAGGAUAUUCAAGAACCAUUCUUGAGAGCUCUCGCAUCUCUUCUUUUCAGUAUGUUAAAAGAGAACAUAUGGGGGAGAGACAAAGCUAGUUCACUGUUUGAGUUGCUUGUUAGAAGACUUUUCAUUGGUGAAGCAGUGAAUAUUGACUGUUUAAGGAUUCUUCCACUGAUUGUGAGUUUUCUUAUUCGUCCGAUGUGUGAAAGAAACACUGUGUUUGAUGAUUCUGGUUCAUGCUCUGUGGAGGGCUCAAAGGAAAAUAUUAUUCAAAAUACAAUCGAGGGUUGGCUCCAGAGAGUCCUUUUGUUCCCAUCAUUAAGUCAAUGGCAGGCUGGGGAAGAUAUGGAAGAUUGGCUUUUGUUGGUGAUAUCUUGUUAUCCCUUUAGUAGUUCCAUGGGAGGCUUACACACGUUGAAGCCGGACAGAAAUAUAAGCACUGAGGAGAGCAGUCUUUUAUUGGAAAUAUUUCGAAAACAGAGAAAUAUAUCUGGUAGAUCAUCUACAGUUAAUCAUGCACCGCGGGUACAAAUGUUAUUGUCCGAGCUUAUGGUUGUUUCUGUCGGCUACUGCUGGAAGCAAUUCAAUGACGAAGAUUGGGAGUUUUUGUUGUGUCAGUUAAUGAGUUGGAUCCAACCAGCCGUUGUAGUAAUGGAGGAAAUUGCUGAAAGCGUGAAUGGUAUUAUCGUCAAUAGCUCUACUUCAAUGAAUGCAAAUGAAAUUUUAGAAAAGCUUGAGCAAAGUGUUAAGAUUUCAGACCCAAUCCCGUUUUGCAUUUCGAGAAAUGCCCUUUUGUCAUUUUCUUUGUUUUAUGGUUCCUUUGGGCUACAAGGACUGAAAGAUAUGGAAACUUUAAACCCUCAGCGAUUAGAUAAAUUGAACCAUGUCAAUGAUCGCAUUGUUGAAGGAAUUCUUCGCAUGUUCUUUUGCACUGGAAUUUCUGAGGCCAUUGUAUGCUCCUACGGUGAUAAAGCUACAACCAUUAUAGCAUCCUCAAGAAUUGAACUUCCUCAUUUCUGGGACUUGAUAGCUUCAAGUGUUACUAAAUCCUCAAAAGAUGCUAGAGAGAGAGCAGUAAAAUCAAUUGAAUUUUGGGGACUCAGUAAAGGCCCUGUUAGUUCUUUAUAUGGCAUUCUUUUUUCCACCAAACCGGUUCCUUCAUUGCAAUAUGCAGCCUAUUUUAUGCUCUCAACUGAACCAAUUUCUUACUCUGCAAUUAUUAGAGAAAAUACUUCAUGCUACCUGGAUUAUGAUACCACGACUGAACAGGGCUCUACUCAAGUUGAUUUUUCAUCAGAAUAUAAUGUGCUUUUGAAGGAAGAAAUUGUAUUUAUGAUUGAGAAACUCCCUGAUGAUGUUUUUGACAUGGAGUUGAUGGCCCAAGAAAGGGUGAAUAUAUUUCUUGCUUGGUCUUUGUUGCUGUCACACUUAUGGUCAUUGCCCCCAUCCUCAUCUGCAAGGGAAAGAUUGGUUCAAUAUAUCCAGAAUUCUGCUAGUUCAAGGAUAUUAGAUUGCCUUUUCCAGCAUAUACCUGUUGAAGGCAUGGCUCUUCAGAAGAAGAAAGAUACAGAACUUCCAGCUGGGCUAUCAGAAGCUGCAACUGCAGCAAACCAAGCCAUUACCACAGGUUCAUUAUUGUUUUUGGUGGAAUUUCUUUGGCCCGUUGAACCAGUGAAACUGGCAUCAUAUGCUGGAGCAAUAUAUGGCUUGAUGCUCCGUGUUCUUCCUGCUUAUGUUCGAGGGUGGUUUUGUGAUUUGCGUGACCGUUCAAAGUCUUCUGUCAUUGAAUCCUUUACAAAAGCAUGGUGCAGUCCUUCUCUCAUUGCGAAUGAACUGUCCCAGAUAAAGAAAGCUGAAUUUGCUGAUGAAAAUUUCUCAGUUGUUGUAAGUAAAUCAGCCAAUGAGGUAAUUGCUACGUAUACCAAAGACGAGACGGGGAUGGACCUAGUAAUUCGCCUUCCUUCAUCAUAUCCACUGAGGCACGUUGAUGUUGAUUGUAUGAGGAGUUUGGGAAUAAGUGAAGUUAAGCAGCGGAAGUGGUUAUUGUCCAUGAUGUCGUUUGUCCGUAAUCAGAAUGGUGCUUUAGCUGAAGCAAUAAGGAUAUGGAAGCGUAAUUUUGACAAGGAGUUUGAAGGAGUUGAAGAGUGUCCCAUUUGUUACAGUGUUAUCCACACAGUCAACCACAGCAUUCCCCGCUUGGCAUGCAAGACAUGCAAGCACAAGUUCCAUUCAGCAUGCCUUUAUAAAUGGUUCUCCACUUCACAUAAAUCCACCUGCCCUCUGUGCCAGUCUCCGUUCUAAUCUGGACUCAAACUCGACGAUAAGUUUUGACGAUACUUCUUGCAUCAACUCUGAAACAAUGGAGCUGUAAGGUACACAAGCAGACACUUAAAGCGUGUUUCUGUGCUAACCGUGGCAACGAAAAUGAAGGGCAGAACGUAACUACGAACUCAUCCACUUUUUGGCACGAUAUAUUGGUGUUUAAGAUAGCUGAGCAGUUGAUACGGUUCACUUGGAAGAAUGUUUUCUACUUUCUAUAUGUAUUUCUUUUCCCCCAAUUAUAACAUAGCCUGGGUAGAGUAUGUUUGUUUAAUUCAACUGGAUUUGUAUAUAAAUUACCAUUUAGGUUUUUGUUAUUGCUUUUUCUGGAGCUCUAACCACAUGAAAGUGCAAGAACUCUAACCUUUGAAGUUUGAGUGUUAAAAUUUUGUAUGUUCACCAGUUUCUUUUGUUUACUCUAAUUCUAUGAAUUAUUUGUCCUCUGA